ACACGCUGUAUAUACUUAUAUACAGCACGUAUUUAUGUUUUCAUCUUUUUGUGACCUCAUUUAAUCAGAUGUGAUAAACACAAAAGGAAUUUAUUUCUUCUCCGUUAUCUACCCGAUAACACAUACAUCCUAAUUAUCUAUUUUCGAUGGAAGUGGACCCUUUGAGUGUCAUCCUGGUGAAGUCUGAUAGCAAAGGCGACCGUUUACUCUUCAGAUAUCCUUUUUAUGGCACCGAAAAUAAUGAAACAUCGGAUACAAGAAAAAAGAACCUGUAUACUUUACCAAACGUUGAGGAUUUAUUGCAAUCACCCCCUCAACCGUCUUCAAACAUAGAAAGCGGAUUUUUAAAAGGAUUUUCCGACGAAUUUCUCUCAUCUCUGUUUGCGGUUAAGUUGGAAUUGUGUGAUAGAAAGUUCGAAUUGAAAGUGAACGAUGUUCGAUUUGUGAGUCACCCCACACUUUUACAAAGACGAAACAAAUCUCAGGACGAAUCAGGGUUGUUAUUGAUUAAUAUAGUUUUUGCACUGCAAGCAGUUGCCAGUCAUUCUGUAGUUAAAUGUUAUCAUGAUUUGAGUAAAAGAAUUGGUAUCAUUUUGAAACAUGAAGAACAAAGAUGUAGUUUUAUAUCGGAUCAAAUGCAACUUAUGAUGGCUGCACAUGAUGAUGGUUGUGCAAAUAAUAGCUGUUUAUCAUUCAAAAUGAUUUUGGAGAAAUGUAUUUUGGCACAGAACAUUAAAAAAAUGUAUGAAGAUCUUUCUAGUUCAGGUUUAGUUAAUAUAAGAAUAAAUAAAUGGAUACCUUUAACGUUUUGUUUACCACAAAAAGUACAUCAGUGGCAUUUAAGAGGGAAAAUUGUUGAACCUGAAGAUAUUGAAAAGUGUCUACAAUCAUUACGUCCAUACCACAGCAUGUUAUUGCUUUGUCCUGUACAACAAAUUCAAAAAUUUCUUUCUCUUGAUAGUUCUCCAUCGUUAAUUAGAUUACUAUGUCAGUAUUCCCCAUUAAAAAACUUACAAACAUUAGCAGCAGACGCAGAUUUAACUUUAAGACAUGUAUAUCAACUUGUUUCCCAUUUGGUUUAUUGGGCAAAAGCAACUGUAAUAUACCCCGUUUGUUCAACAAAUAAGUAUGUAAUAUCACAUGACGCGCCGCUUUCCGUUAAUUCCCACCUUGUAAAUAAAUUCAACGAAACUUUUCCUGGUUACAAUUUAAUGCAAACCGUUGGUGAGUUUUCGUUGCCGACUUCUUUGGGUCAAAAGUGCAAUCCAUUGUGCCAUCCAUCUCAACAGAACCAAUUAGUACAAAUGAUAAUUUGGAUGUUGCAGCAUCACCUUUUAUUGCAAUUGCACACUUAUAUCCAAUACAUUCCUUUAGAUUGUGGAUUUAAAAGAACUAGUAGUAGUUCAGGAAGUACAGUUAAUUCUAGAACGGAAUCUGAAAGUGGAGCUUCAAAUUUAUCGGGAACCCCCGAACCGUAUUUGGAUGAAAUAAAUCACAAAGAAUCUAAUUUGGAAAGUUUAAGUUUUACGUCCGCGGAUGAAGAUAAACAAGAAUACCAAGAAGAAUUACUGCUAGAUUUUCCUGAAGAGGAGAGAAACGCAAUUUUUAAAAUCCCUUCGUCUAACAGCAGGGAAGAUUUAACGUUAUUUGCUAGAUUAUGUCGAAAGAAAUAUUUUAAAGGGGAUCAUCACAUAGAGGAAAUUAUGUACCUGGAGAACCUACGUAGGAGUCAAUUACUUCAACUAUUGGAUAAAUUCAGAGAUGUUCUGAUUACUUACGAAACCGUCGACCCGGCCAUUGCAAUGUUUUCAUGCAAUUUGUGACCAUUUAAAUAAUAAUUUAUAAAAAAACAAUCAACCAAAAAAUACAAAUAAUAAAA